AUGUCAACAACAGAGAACACAACAACAGUUAUAGUCCAUGAAGCUAUAAAUGAAGAAUAUGAGUGGGUUCAGUUUAACAAACAACUCCGUCUCAUUCGUUCGGUCAAAGACGAUAUGUACCAAAUGCAAAGUAUUUUGAAUGCUCUUCGUUCUACAAAGCAAGCACAAGACUGGUUUGAAAACCAACAGACAAAAGAACUUUUGAGCGAAGCACAGCGAGACAUACUUUUUUAUCUGAAAAUCGUGAAAAAUUGCCAAAAUGGUUUGAGAGGUUGGUAUGUACAUAGACUUCUUGUAAAUGCUGUUGCAAUGUGGGCUUCACCUCGCUAUGCUUGGCAUGUUUACAAACUUCUUGACGAAAUUCAUAGACAAGAACGUGAAGAGAUGGAAAACAAGCUUGAAUCCAAAGACAAAAACAUACAGAGUAUUUUGACAACUUCAAACAAGCAGAGUAAAUGA